AGAAGGCGAGGCCGAGAAGAGAAGGUAGAUUGAUUGCGAGUGAGCGAGUGAGGCCAUAAAUGUGGGCUCGAUGCAGCCUCGCAUCAUUUCUGAUUCUCUUUCUCUCCUCCAUUUCGCUGCACACGACGAAAGGAGAAGGAAAACGAAUUGGGCCACGCCGACGCGAGCUGAGUCUCCAAUCGUAGUGUAGCGCACGUCUUUGGGAUUCUAUCGCUCUGCACUUGAGUUUUUGUCUCUUUAGAGAGUGGAGGGGGAGGGGGGUACCAACCGAACAAGGAUUUCCGUGUCCGGAGGUCUAUUGAGGCUUCUGGUUUUUGGUGUUGAUUGAAAAAUUGAUCGGAGCAAGUUUCUACUCAUUUUCUCCGCAUGCAAAUGGCAGCCAAGAAGGAUAUGCCGUGGGUGAAUUGAAGUUCUUCGUAGUAGGAUUCUUGUGUUUACCCCUCCAUUUUUUUAUUUUGAAAAAUGGUGGGAGUAUCAGACAAUGUCCGAGGGUUUCUUUUAGCGAUAUCUUCCAGCGUUUUUAUCGGUUCAAGCUUCAUCAUAAAGAAAAUGGGAUUAAAAAGGUCUGGGGAAACGGGAACACGAGCAAGCGAUGGAGGUUUCGGAUAUUUGAAAGAACCUUGGUGGUGGGGUGGCAUGAUUGCAAUGAUUCUUGGGGAGGCUGCAAAUUUUGCUGCUUAUGCCUUUGCUCCAGCUAUUCUUGUAACCCCGUUGGGAGCAUUAAGUAUCAUUUUCAGUGCAGUGUUAGCUCACUUUAUUUUGAAUGAGAGGUUACACAUUUUCGGAGUGGUUGGCUGUAUUCUCUGUUUGGUAGGUUCUGUCACCAUUGUCUUACAUGCACCAUUGGAGAGGGAUAUUGAAUCUGUUAAACAAGUGUGGCAUUAUGCAACUGAGCCAGGUUUUAUUAUGUACUUCCUAGUGGUUGUGGCUCUUGUCCUUGUUCUAAUAUUUGUUUACGUGCCACGCUAUGGACAGAGAUAUAUGGUUAUAUACAUAGGAAUAUGCUCUCUCAUGGGUUCCCUAACGGUUAUGGCUGUCAAAGCAGUGGCAAUUGCUUUAAAGCUUUCAUUCUCUGGGUCCAAUCAAUUCGUGUACUUCCAGACAUGGUUUUUCACUAUUUUGGUCAUUAGUUUUUGUGUCUUGCAGAUUGUAUAUCUAAAUAAGGCUUUGGAUACCUUUAAUACUGCUGUGGUUUCCCCUGUUUACUAUGUGAUGUUCACAACACUGACGAUCUUCGCUAGUAUGAUAAUGUUUAAGGGGGAAUCUCAAACAGCAUCAGAGAUUGUUACCGAACUUUGUGGUUUUGUGACCAUCCUCAGCGGAACAUUUCUGCUUCACAGAACAAGGGACAUGGGUGGUGGUGGUGGUGGUAGUUCCCCAGCCCAAGCACCAGCAGCAGUGCAAAACCCGGAGUAUGAUCGAUCCAACCAUUCAAGUCCGCGGCAAUCCCAUGUCGAAGUUGUAUCGAAUCCUAAAGUUUGAUGACAAUCGUGCAACUUAUAAAGGCAGGCAGGCAGGCAGGCAGGCAGGUAGGCAGGCUUAUUUUAUACCUUCCCAAACAUCUGCUCAACUUAUACUGACUGAAAUUUAGUAUAGAAUCUGAAAAAGAAGAGAACAGAAAAGGAAAGGAAAGUAUUAUGUUUUUGGUAUCUA